AUGCAAGAGAAAACCUUGAUCGAAGGGGUUGAAAACUACGGCAAAGGCAACUGGAAAGAGAUCAAGAUCGCCUACCCGGACGUGUUUCAAGACAGAUCGACGGACGCUUCGACCCGACUCGCUGCGCUAGGAUUGUCUCGACCCACCGCCGCCACCCCGCCCAGCGCCGCCGCGGGCAGUUCCUCCGUCCCCUCCUCCCUCCAUGAGAAGCACCGGCUAGCCGCCUCCCGCUCCCCCGCCAGCUGCUCCGCCUGCGCCUGCCCCCGCUCUGCUCCGCCGCCAGUCCCCGGCGCCGUCAGGUGGACACAGUUCCAGGUUGACGUUGAGCCGAGCGCGGCGUUCUUCUCAAUCCUUUUUAACACGGAUCCCAACAUGAAGCAGCUUCAAGGGAUCCUGAUUGACAUAGAAACAGACGCGGAGCAACUUCUUCUGGCAAGACAUCAGCUAGUGGAGAACGAUAGGAUGAGGAAUGCUAAUAGGGAGGCCCUCACAGCCCUCAGGAAAAGAGCUAAGACAACUAAGACCAGUGUCCCAUAUCCAUUUGAGAUCGUAAUGAAAGAGAUGGAAGGAACUUCUACCAAACAGCUAGUAAAGGAGAUAUGCUCAACUUGUGGGAAUCACGACCCCAAAGAACAUACCUGGCUAAUGUUUCCAGGCUCGGAUAUUUUUGCUCGUGUUCCAUUUCACGUAGCGCACACUGUUCUAGAUAAAGAUCAAGAGCGUCUAGACUACAACACCAAGAAGCUGCAAAGCUUUGUCAAGGAGAAAUCGUUUGCGAUCUCCGAGAAAGGCGCCCUUGCGGACAAGAUCAGCCCAGGCAUCGUGAGAUCCUUCGUCAGCCUUGCAGACAAACCUAAGUAG